AAAUUCCCAUACUCUCGUUCAAACUCUCAAGCUCUCGAUUUCGCUUCAAGUGCUGUCACCAUGGUCCAAACAUCAGAUCUGAAAGUGUCGAACCUGUUUUCCGUGCAGGACUAUGUCUGCGUCGUGACUGGAGGCGGAACGGGAAUUGGUCUGAUGGCGGCGCAGGCUCUCGCAGCGAAUGGCGCCAAGGUGUACAUUAUUGGACGACGAUUGGAAGCUUUGGAGAAAGCAGCCAGAUUUCACGAGCCUGAUCAAGGAAAGAUCAUCCCACUUGCUUGCGAUGUGACGAAGAAAGAGGACCUGGCCAAACUGUACGAAGAGAUCUCGAGGAAGGAGAAAUACAUAAACCUUCUCAUCUGUGCCGCGGGCAUAUCGGGUACCAAGGCCGAGCCAAAUGAAGAGUCCGCAUCCAGCAUGAAAGAGAAGCUGUGGAAGGAGGAGACAUUCGAGCAAUGGAACGAGACGUACAACACGGAUGUGACCUCGGUAUACUUCACGACUGUGGCAUUCCUACCGCUCCUCCAGGCAGGCUCCGAGUCACAUGGCCAUCUCUCAGCGUCGGUAAUCGUCAUCUCCAGCAUGAGUGGCAUUAUGCGGCAUGCCCAGGGUCACUUCUCAUACAACGCAGCCAAAGGCGGCACGGUCCAUCUGACCAAGCUCAUGAGCGCCGAGUUCCAGAAGUUGAGGAUCAGAGUCAACAGUAUCGCUCCCGGCUACUUCCCCAGCGAGAUGACCACAAAGUCGAGUGGCAAAGACCAGAAGAGCGAGUUGCCAGAUGCGACAGUCCAGGAGAAAGGACAUGUCCCGGCCCAGAGGGCGGGCAGCGAUGAGGAGAUGGCGCAGACUGUGCUCUUUCUGACGAAGAAUGCGUAUGUGAACGGCGAAAUCAUUGCCGUUGAUGGAGGUGUUCUGAAUGUUGUGGCUGGAAAGUAGGGGGCAGCUUUGCGUUGGUCGAGGCUCUGGAGCAACGAAUAACCACGUACUUCUUGAGAGUCGAAUGAGGAGAACCAUUAGAGAAGAGAAUCACACUUGUAACAUAGAGAUGGCGAACAAUGGCGCCGUUGAUCUCAGUCGGCAGUAUGCACGUGACCAGGCGAAAUUAGGCUGAAAAUAGAACUCUUACGACCCGGGAUCCGGGUUUGAUCGCG